AAAAGCUUCUAUAUUUCUUUUAGUUUUCUUUGUUUGGGUUUGAGUGAUGACUAGAAAGAAGGUGAAACUUGCAUUUAUCAGCAAUGAUUCUGCAAGAAAAGCAACCUUCAAGAAAAGAAAGAAGGGUCUAGUGAAGAAGGUGAGAGAGCUGAGUACUCUUUGUGGGAUUGAUGCUUGUGCUAUCAUUUUUAGUCCCUAUGAUGCUCAACCUGAGAUUUGGCCUUCUCCUUUGGGAGUCCAAAGAGUUUUGUCACAGUUCAAGAGGAUGCCUGAGAUGGAGCAGAGCAAGAAGAUGGUGAAUCAGGACAGUUUUAUCAGGCAAAGGAUUGGGAAAGGGAAUGAACAGCUGAAGAAGCAGCGGAAAGAUAACCGCGAAAGGGAGAUGACUCAGGUUAUGUUCCAAGGUCUCACCGGGAGGAGCCUCCAUGGUUUGAACAUUCUGGACUUGAAUGAUAUUGGAUACUUGAUUGACCAACACUUGAAGGACAUACAUAAGAGGGUGGACACUUUGAACAAGACGGCGAUGCAGGCUCCAGCUGCGGUGCCUAGGCCUUCAAGUGUUGGCGAAAGCUCUCGGCAGGCAGAGAGGGGUGGUUUCGAGAUGAAUGUCGAUGCAAUGCAAAAGCAGCAGUGGUUUAUGGACUUGAUGAGCCCACCUGAGAAUAUGGGAUUUGCUGGGGAGGAUAUGAUCUUGCCAUUUGGGGAUACCUAUCACAAUUCUCUUUGGUCUAAUUCCUAUUUCCCUUGAGAAAAAAUUGUGUUUGAUUGAUUGAUGUGUGCUGAUCUUGAGGGAUUUAUUUUAAGUGCUUGUUUUCUAGAUCUUAUUGUUCUGAUCAUAUUGUUCCUAGUCCUCUGGAAGUUUCUAUGUACACAGAUUUGUUAUUCAUAAUAAUGUUAGUUGAAUCACAGACACA